GGCCAAAUGCAUCGAACGGAAAAAACCCUAGCGUCUCCUUUUUAUAAGGACUAUCUUAAUUCUCCAUAGCCAGAGCUCGACGGCGGAGGAAGCUCGCAAAAUCAGAUCACCGGAGGAGCAGAAAUGGCGGUCCCGUUGCUGGACAAGAAGAUCGUGAAGAAGAGGGUCAAGAAGUUCAAGAGGCCUCAGAGCGACCGCAAAAUCUCCGUCAAGGAGAACUGGAGGAGGCCAAAGGGUAUUGAUUCUCGGGUUCGUAGAAAGUUCAAGGGAUGCACCUUGAUGCCCAACAUCGGUUACGGGUCCGACAAGAAAACCCGUCAUUAUCUCCCCAACGGAUUCAAGAAAUUCGUGGUCCACAAUGCAAGCGAGCUCGAGCUACUGAUGAUGCACAACAGGACUUACUGUGCCGAGAUUGCUCACAAUGUCUCGACAAAGAAGAGAAAGGAGAUUGUGGAGAGAGCUGCUCAGCUUGACGUUGUCGUCACAAACAGGCUUGCCAGGCUUCGUAGCCAGGAGGAUGAAUGAAGUGAAGUGUUAUGAUUUAGGAUCGUUUUAUGUCUUGUGGUGUUUUGAGAGAGAUGCUACUUUGCUUUUGUCUUUGGCAGUUUUGAUUACUGGUUUGUGUUACUUUGAGUUACAGAAUCAUUUAUAACAUGGGCUUCUUGUCUGGUUUUAAAUUUUAAUAUGAAACAGAACUUCGGUCCCUC